AUGAACCAAACCAGCCGACAGUUAUCUUGUACCAAAGUUUGGCCGCGGGGUGAGAAAAUAAAGACAGGCGACGCAGCGAGCGCUCGCAGCAUGGCGCAAAACACCGAAGAAAGUCCGCUCCGUGUCUCCAAACACCCAACUGGUAACGGUGCCGGCAGGAUGAGAGGAGCCGACAACGCAGACCCGAACACUUACGGGUUCGGACACAUGAUCCCGCUCGCCUGUGGCAUGGAAAAACACUGCUGUCAAACAGCUGCUGCUGCUCAGGAGGAGUUGUUCAACGCUGACUGCCGUGUGGGCGACAACCGCUCUUUUUCUGCCUGCGCCACAAUCUCAGAGACAGCCAGGGAGCUGUGCAAAGCUGUGUCCGUGUCUCUGGGACUGGCCAUGGAGUGCAGUGACUCCAGCGACAUGGACGCUGCUCUCCCCCAGUGCGCAGCGAAUGACCACGUUCGAGGAGAGUAUUUGUUCGGGGUUGGAAACGCGCCUCUGAGCUGUCCCGGCGGCCAGGCUGCUGUCAGCGGCUACAAGUGCGCAGAAGAGCGGCCGCUGCACGGACACAAGCAGCAGCAGCAGCAGCAGCAGCUGAUGGAAAUGUUUAAAAGUUCAGAGACCGCUGCGCACCUGCAGCACCUCACCUCCGCUCGGACACCUGUAGACGAGCAGAACUUCACAAUGUGCAAGGCUGAGGACAGCACUCCAGAGGAGACGGCUCACCUGGACCCAGUGCGCGCAGCUUCCUGCCCGUACGCCCAAUCCGCGCAGCCGGGCAGCCUGACACACUUCGACCCACCGGCUCAAGAGAGACCGUGGCGGCUCUACAAGCCCCCCGACGAAGCGGGAGACUUCAUGGAAGUCAUGGAGAGCAGCUUCGCAACAACAAGUGGUUAUCAGCCGGAGCAGUUCAGCAUGAAAAUCAAAUGCGAAGACACCGAAUCUGGCGGAGCGUUGUGGGGCGGUAACCACAACUUUAAUGACAGGUACAACUCCCAGUGUUGGGGUCCGAGGCACUGCGUGAGCGCACACGGCGCAGGAGCCGACAGCGCGUUAUGUAAUCCAUACGAGAGGAGCGCAGCGCGGCCGGAGCAGUGGUACCCAGGCGGGAUGCUGAGGUCGCCAUAUCCCAACUCCAGCUACAUGAAGAGUGAAGUGGGCGAGUGGCUCGAUGUUCCCUAUAAUGACCCCAGGUUCGACGCCAGCAGCGAGCACAUGUUCCCAAUGGAGUUCUUCUUUCCAGCUCAGAGGAUGUGCAUGAUCUGUUCAGACGAGGCAUCUGGCUGCCAUUACGGUGCGCUCACCUGUGGCAGCUGCAAAGUUUUCUUCAAAAGAGCUGCAGAAGGCAAACAGAAAUACCUGUGCGCAAGCAAAAACGACUGCACUAUUGAUAAGCUAAGAAGAAAGAACUGUCCGUCCUGUCGGCUGAGGAAGUGCUUCGAAGCUGGAAUGACUCUGGGAGCACGUAAACUGAAGAAGAUUGGGCAACAGAAGAACCCGGACGAGGAUCAUCCUCCUCAGGAGCCUGCGGAGGUUAUGCCCAAUAUCUCUCCUAAAACGGGCCUGAGCUUCAACUCCCAAGUGGUCUUCCUGAACAUCCUGGAGUCCAUUGAGCCCGAGGUGGCGUACGCCGGACACGACUACGGCCAACCGGACUCGGCCGCCACCCUGCUCACCAGCCUCAACGAGCUGGGGGAGAAACAGCUGGUGAAAGUGGUCAAAUGGGCAAAAGGAUUGCCAGGUUUUAGAAAUCUCCAUGUGGACGACCAAAUGACUGUCAUCCAGUAUUCAUGGAUGGGGGUGAUGGUGUUCGGCCUCGGAUGGAGGUCCUAUAAGAACGUCAACGGCAGGAUGCUGUACUUCGCUCCAGAUCUUGUGUUCAAUGAACACCGGAUGCACAUCUCCACCAUGUACGAGCACUGCAUACGGAUGAGACAUCUUUCACAGGAGUUCCUUCUGCUGCAGAUCACUCAGGAGGAGUUCCUCUGCAUGAAGGCCCUGCUUCUCUUCAGCAUUAUUCCAGUUGAGGGUUUGAAGAGUCAGAAGUACUUUGACGAGCUGCGUCUCACCUACAUCAACGAGCUCGAUCGCCUCAUCAGCUAUCGAAUGAGCGCCAAUUGUUCUCAGAGGUUCUACCAGCUCACCCGACUACUGGACUCUCUGCAGAUGACGGUGAAGAAGCUCCAUCAGUUUACAUUCGACCUUUUCGUCCAGGCUCAGUCACUCCCCACGAAGGUCAGCUUUCCAGAGAUGAUCGGCGAGAUAAUCUCUGUGCACGUACCAAAGAUCCUGGCAGGUUUGGCUAAACCAAUCUUGUUUCACGAGUAGAAGGAUUUUUUUUUUUUUCUUUCAAAUCAAAAGGUGACUCAUCUUUGCUGCAUCUAUAAACUUUAACGGAGGUACCGUUUCCCCUACAUCUUCACGCUAAUAGCUCUGAUCCUUGUCCUGGAAUUUUUUUUUUUUUUUUACCUUUUAGCCAUAAUUGAGAUAGUUUGUUCAGAACUAUUAAAGCUUUUAUCUGAAGCGUUUCGAGGCUUCACCUCUUGACAGUUCUGCUACUUCUGAGUGCAGAGUUUGUGUUUUCAGCCGGAGCAGAGAUGCUACUUUACAUAUGCAGUAAGUCUGUAAAUCAUGAUUGCAUCAAGCUAAAAGUAGCAGGGUGAACAACACAAGUUUUGCAUGUGACCUCCAUUAUACAUACACCUGACAAGAUAUUCUUGAAAGCUUAGAUAAAAUAAAUAAAUAAAUAAAAAAAAGGUGAUAGGAAGAUGAGAGCUAGAUCACAGAAACAAACAAAAAUUACAGUAUAUCCCAUCAAUUUACAAAAAAAAACCUGUUCUCAAAGCGCUGCCUUCAGGGGCUUAACUAAAUUCCUGUGUGUGAUAUUCAGGGCGGGAGCCAUUUAAGUGCUUAAGUGCCUUUAGAACAGGAACUGUAGAUCUCAGAUUUGUUUUUAAAGGUCACAUAAUUCAACUUUUAACCAUUUACUAACCAGCUGUGAAGUUGCAACAGAUCAUUAUAAACCUGUGUAAUUGCUUAAUCGAUGAUUUACUAAGCACUUCAUUGUAAGUUCACAGUCAAAUAACUAUCAACUAAAGUUUAAUCAACCCUAAAUUAAAGGUUAUUACAGAGUGCUACAGUUACUGAUGUAAUAAUUAAUUACACUCGUACCAACUAACACGUGUGAUUCUCGACCAACAGGGUCGCAGAAAAGUCCUUCAGUUAUAUUUCGUGCACCACUGAUGUGGUUCAGACUGCAGUCUAACGCAGCUGUGGUAUAUAAUUUAAUUUGUUCGGAAAAAAGAAAAUUACAAACAUAAUUGGCGGAACAAUCACGAUUUAUAUGUACACAAACUGUUAAACUGUAAUGAGCCAAUGUAGCACAAUGACAGUCUACAGAACACACUGCAUGCUUACCGUCGCGCCGCACUCAACGCUUUUUUCUCUCUCUGUGUAAAACGUGUAAAGCUUUUUUUUUUUUUCCUCUCGAUGUUACUGAUUUUACAGCCUUAACUUAUACAUACGUGAUGAGUUAAAGAAGAUGUACUUGGUAUGAGUGAAGUUGGACGGUUUGUAAAGACGUUUAGAUAUUCUGCCACUCCACGAUUUUAAAGUUAUUGAUAACUGAAUUUAAAAAAAAAACUUCUUCUACUACUACAAUCCAAUCUCAGUGUAACUUAAAUGAACUGUUUAAAGUAAAUUCCGUCUGUAAUGCAUUAUAACGUGUUAAUCAUUCAUAUUCAGAGUGCUUUAAAACACGAAACAGAACUCAUUAUAAUGCAUCAAAAAAAUGAUUGUUACAACUACGAGAAUUUUGAUACACUACAUUUUUGCAAAAGUACUAAUACUCAACCUUCUAAGUCAUUUUAAAAUGCUUUGUAAUGUGUUAUUAAUGUUGUUAUAAAGCAUUCAGCGUAUUCAUGAUUGUUUAUAACUACAGGCAAACACAAAAGCAUAAGUGUUUUGAUUUACUGCAUUAUGGCACAAUGAGAUGAUUAUUGUUAUUAAGUAUUGUGACUAUUGAUGAGUGCUUAUAACUAUAAUUAUGCAGCACUAUUCGUGCAUUAUAACACACGAUAAGUAUGUUAAUAAUGUGCAUUUUUAAAGAAGGGCUUCAUAGAAUGUGUCACCGUAAAUUCUAUUCUUACCUCAUAUCGUGGUGAAUGUUUUCAAAAUGCAUUUAAAUUCAAUGACGCUUGACUUGAACUUGAAUCACACCAUUUUCUGCAUGUCUGUUUUAGAUGUAUUGCUAAAAAAAAAAAAUUAAAAAAAAAACCUUGGGAUUCUUUUUGUAUUUACUAUAAAGCAUGUAAAGGCAAAGCAAUGGCACUUGACAGAUUAAAAAGCAAAAGGUUCAUUGAUAAAACUACAACUAUGUCAUCACUUAAACGCAGAGUGUUAUGUGCACCGUACGCAGUUCUCACACCUUCCCUGCUGGAGAGCACGGUGGUAUCGGUGGCGUGCUGUGAGCAUGGCACCAAAAAUAAACCUGAAUCUGAUCCAGAGCGCCAGAGAUCUUUAGUUGAGGGCAGUUCUGUUCCAGCAGGACAACAAAACAGAAACUCAGAGCCAACUCAAAACUGGAGGGGCUUCAGAUGUAGACUGUUAAAAGUCCUUGACGGGCCCUGCCAAACCUCGGAGAUGAAACCCAAGAAAGAAAUCUGUGGAAUGCCUUGAAGAUAACUGAUCACAGACACUCAAGUUAAACUGUUGAAAGGAUUAAAUUAAUGAGUUCGACACAAUUAUCAGUUUAGUUUGAUUUGAAGAAAAAAGAUUAACCAAGUUGGUGAAACAUGAGGCACUUUGUACAGACACUUAGGUCGACAUGAUGCAGUGUGAACUGUAUCUCGACUAUAAUUGUAGCAGAUCAACGCGUUUAUCACAAUCUAAGAGCGUUUUUUUAACUCCGUAAAUCACUUUUCAACAAUCCCUGUCUCUUUAACAGGCUUGUAGAUGCAUGCAUCAUGUGUUGUAUACCUGUAAGCAGCGUGCAAAUCUUGACAUUUUAAGCUUUACCGAGAACAAAGGCGUCGACAUCCAUGUUCUCCAUGUUUAGUGUAUACUGUCAUCAUUGUUCAAUGCAUGAUGGGACGUCCAUCAGAAGGCGCGGUAACAUUUUGUUGUACAGUGACGAGUUGACCAUGACAGCCAGAUGUUUGUUUUUUAAAAAAAAAACUGAUUUGUGUUUUGGAGCGCUUUACUUCAUCAGCAACAAUGAAUGUCCUCACCUCGUCCUUGUGCUCAAUAUUUCCUGUGUGGGGGGAAAAGAAAUGGGGGAGAAUCGAAAAGCAAAUGCAGUUAAUCUGUGAGACUUGUACUCAACGUGAACAGCUGAUUACAGCUAAUUAUAGCCUUGACACUUGUAACAAUGCGUCAGGAGUCAUUGACUGUUUUAAAGGAGUGGACGUAGCCUCUGGGUCUCCAAAGUUAAUGUGUAAAGUGCCUUAAACCUGCAUUCUCUUUAAUGUCCAGUAGGCGACAACUUCACUGGGGCACAGUUCUAUAGAGGUCUAUGAGAAAAUGACCCUACUUUCAGUAGUAGCAUUGUAAUAUACAAAUCAAGUGAGCAGGGAUACCAGAACACGCAUGAGACAUCGUUACCGACCAAACACAUCGUAAUAAAGAGCUGUUUUACUUUUAAUUGAUAAAAAACUCACUUAACAGCAGCUUGAUGGUUUCAAAACAGUCGUCCACAAAGCAACGUGUGACAUCACAGCAGCUACGUCCACUUCUUUUCUGCAGACCAAUGGUUCAGUGUAACGUCACACUUAAACUACACGGAGGUCUGAUGUAGACAUGUAGUACCCAGAUUAAAUAUCUGCAUGUACAGAAACACGAUUUACAGUAUCAGUAUUGCUAAAAGUACAUUGUGUUAUGCAAAAACUCAGAAAUAUGUAUUUAUCAAGCCUCUGUACACGUUCCUAUCGUUACACUGUCGAUCCAAUUAACAUUUUCUUUUCCAGCAUCCUUGCAGUUAACAUUGGACCUACACAAUGUUGGAGUUUAAUGCUGUUUUGGCUUUAUUCUGUAUUACACAUGAAGGCAUUACCAGUACCAGUUCAAUGAGCCAUACAGAUGCCCCUGCACAUUUUAAUACUGAUAUGAUUUCAUCACAGUAGGCUACAGCGUUUGUAUUCUGUCGAUCGACAACAGCUGGUACGUGUCCGGUGUACUGCAUAUUAACCUUUGUACAUGCUACAGUAACUGUAUAUAUUGAUUAGUUUGAUGUCUGUUUUUGGUGUCCAAACACUUUAACUUUUAAAGUCAUCUCUUGUACAAUUUAUACCUUUUUUGUGACAUGUGUUUUUCAAUAUGUGCGUUUUUUCAAAAGGUGUAAAGCUGCAUCAUCUUUUAAAAGGCAAUUAAAAAUAAUUCUGACUCUAAAGAUGGUGUAAGAGAUUGUUUUGGAGGUUUGAGACACAACAUUAAUCUAAACUUCUAUUUUGUUUUCUGCAAACCCUCAAUAUAAAACUUACAUGUGUAGAGAGGACUAAAAGUAUGCAUGACUAAUCAGAAACACAGAUAACCCUCUCAGCCACCAAAGCGAGUUUUUCCCAGAGGGUGAUCCCAAGUUUUUGAACAGCUGCACAUCGAAAAAAAACAACAAAAAAAACAAGCCUUCAAAAUCCUAAUUUUAGCAUCUUCACAUGUGUUGUCUGUUUGUUUCACAAGUCAGAUUUCUCUGGCAUCACAUUAAGAUAAAGACCUUUUAAUAGAAACUAGGAUGAUACAUGCAAUCCCACAAAAGUGACUGGUAAUACACGAUCCUUUAAAAAAAUAUAUAUAUAUUUAUGAGUAAUUUCUGGAGCAAUUCAUGUUUAUUUAACUUUUUGAAAACACAUCCAACAAGACAACAAGCAGAAUUUUCAAGUUGGGUUAUAAAAAAUAAAAACACAACACAAUUAACAGAUUUUAACAUUUUAACAACAACAA